GUUUAUCCACGUGACUAAUGGCCGACAACGAAACAGCGUCAUGACAUCAUGUAAACAGUAGAGUGUGAAUUAAAUGGAAUAAAAACUUGGAAGGCUUGAUUACAUACAUUAUGUUCUUGUCAGGAAUUAUAACAAGCUGGAACUCAUAGAAUGGCAUGCCGAUCACUUAACAGAACCACAGCAUGCCAGAAAACACUGAGUCAGAGGGUCAAGGUCGCAUCGGGUCAGGUCACGGUCGGUCAGCCAUGACCAUCAACAAAGAGCUGCAAGCCAAUAAGAACAGGAUAGGGUCAGCCAAAUACUAUGACAUUGCCUCGGCUCUUAUGGGUAAAGGCAAGGCUGAUCUAGAGGAGCUGUUUCUUAAUGCUGCAAGGGAUGGAGACCAUGACAGAAUAGAGACAUUUUUACUCCGACGUAGUGAUGUCAUAGUCAGCAUUGAUGUCAAGGACAAACGAACAGGAAACACUCCUCUAAUAUGGGCAGCUAAGAGGGGACACACUAAGAUUGUCCAGUUACUGCUGAAGCAUGGAGCAGACAUUACCCUCCGUAACUAUGAGAACCAGACAGCUGUAGAGGUGGCUUCUGUCGGAAUCCGUACAAUCCUGCUGGACUCUGUGGAUCGCUCCACGGAAUCAUCCCAUCGUCUGCUCCUACAGGCAGCAUGGCAGGGCAAUAUCAGAGUCCUCAGAAAGUUAUUGAAUGAGAACAAGGUGCGAGAUAUUAACUGUCAGAACUCUGAAGGAUUAACUGCACUUUUACUGGCCUGCCGAGACAUUCAGUUGUUUGAACGACUUUCUACACAAAUGAAUCGACCCUACAACCCGGUGGAGUGUGUGAUGGAGUUACUGGCCCAUAGAGCUGAUGUGCAUGCACUUGAUGGAGAUGACAUGGCUUGUUUACACUACACAUCUAAAUCUAAAUCUGGUCUGGCUGUGGCCGUCAUGCAUGCUAUACUGGCCGCAGGACCAAAUAUAGAAUCCAAGGAUAAGCGUCUUUUUGCUCCAAUACACUGUGCCUCACAGACAGGCAAUGUAGAGUGUAUCGAAGCUUUACUAGAGGGUGGUACAGAGGUUAAUUGUCGGGGGUUUGCAGGUGCUACCCCUCUCCACAUAACGGCAUAUAAUGACCAUGAAAAGGCAGCCUGCUCUCUGCUGAAACACGGAGCAGACGUCACACUGACAGAUGACAGAGGACUGACUGCCCUUGACCUUGCCAGAGGUCGAAAGAUCAAGGCCGUCCUGAAGGAGGCCUGGACAGAGGCCACACAGUGUAGACCCUCGACUAGUCUGGCCCCACUUAAAACUCCAGGGAGGGAGGAUGUCCGAAUGUCUACAGAGGAUGGCAAAAAGAAGAAGCGGGGAGGAGGGGAAGUCAUAUUUGAUGCAAUGCCAACCAAUGUGUUUGCCAACAUGAAGUCUACUCCAAGCAGAGGAAAGCCACUUUCUAGACACUUGAGUCUGAGGGAAAAGGCCAGACUGGCAGAAGAGAACAUGCUUCAGGACAUUGAAAAUGGCAACUUUACUCCUGGUCCCUAUCUCAGCACACCAAAUGACAAUGACCAAAGUUCAGUCAGUCGAUCUACAUGUAGGGAUGGAAUAAGAAAGCUGGGAAAGGUCAGGGGUCAAAGGGUGUCACCUUCACCUCUACCAAAAACCAGAUCUAAAGAGAGGCUGCCCUCCAUCAGUCCAGACAGGGGGCAGGACAGGGAUUCCCCAACGUUCAGCAGGAAUGGAAGGUAUCGACGGUCAUUUGAUGAGGGCAGAGUUGGGCUAGGGAGAGGAAACAAGCCAGUUUUGACCUGUGACCUUUAUAUUAAUAGAGGUUCUGUUAACCCAUUGCAUCACAGUGAAGAAUAUUACAGUGAAUGCACCUCACCACGCGUCACAAAGUAUCCCAGAAGGGAGACAACUCAAUACUCCCAACUGCUAAGGGAGACAACCCAGAAAAGUCUUUAUAAUCAAGAUGGAUCUAGUUAUUCUUGUAAUGCUACUUGUGAAGUGUCACAAAUCUUGGACCUGGAUCGAAUGGGACUGACCAACAAAUGUCCACAGACACCUGUUCAAGGUGCCCCCCUCUAUCCAACAUCAUCCACCAUCCUCCCACCCACCCCAACCUUACUCAACCAGCAGACGACCAACGCUCACCUAGAGUGUGCCAUGACAGAUCCCCAGCCCUCAGAUGACUCCAAGGACCCAUCACCAAGAUCUGAUGAGGAUGAACUGAUUAAGAAUAAGGAGGUGAAGAUGGCAUUUGCUGGGACCAUAGAACUCAUGAGGAGCAGAUCUAUCUACAAGGAUGAGUUUAUCCUGGAGGAGAGUCGCCCUCGAGAUCUUUCCCUCAGGUCCUCAAGUAGUGAGGACUCGCACCUCAGCAAACUUUCUAGCAGAAGCUCCUCAGGGGAUCCACCCAUCAAAGAGAAUUCUGGGAAGACUUAUAAAUCAGUGGUAAACACAAAUCAGAAAACAGACAUUAAACAACCUCUCUGUGCUGCAACUCAGAAAAAUGCAACAAAGCAACCAAUUUCUAGUGCUGCAACACAGAAAAGUGCAGCAAGACAACCAGUUACCAAUGGUGCCAUUCAGAAAAGUGCAACAAAACAAGUGCCUGGCACCUCAAAAGGUGAAACUCAACCACCAGUUUCUAAACCAUCAAGUGUAGGUUCAAACAAAUUGACACUCAGAUCAAAGCAAAAAUCUGUCACCUCAGAAUCCCGGGGAGCAAUAUAUCUGGGAAAUCUGAAUAAUGAAACUGAUAAAAGAGAUACCCCUAGUGUAUCAAAUUCUGCUGGCAAUUCAAAGAGUUCCUCAGCUCAGAGCAGAAUCACAGUGCAUUCCAGACAUUUAAAUGAGGGCAUUGUGAAUAAUAAUGUACAGGACAGCAACCCUGUCAGCAAAUCAGGACCAAUGCAGGUUGUGUCAUCACAGCUGCUUUCAAAUGUUAAAGAUGAGAUCAGGAAAAGAAAUGAACUUCUACAAGACAAGACAGAUGAAACAACUGUUGUAAAUGAGGUGAAACCAGAGGAGACAGGGAGUGAUAAGGAGGCAAGAAAGAAGCUAGCUAAGAGUGAAUCUAAUGUGCUUGCACUGAAGCCUGGUGAGAAGGAAGCAACUGUACCAAGACCUGCUACUCAAGCCUCAGCAAAGGCAGUGAAAAGGAUUGGACCAAUCCCAGCCAAUAAACCAACUGUGACUAAUAAUAAAGCAUUUGUUUCCUCCAAUCAAAAUGCUCAGUCCUCAACACCGUCAUAUCUCCAGCCAACCAGAUCUUCUGUUUCAAGAACAACCAAUGAAAGUAGUGCAAAAGAUGUAAAAGCUAAUAAUACAAAACAAAAUAUAGAUGGUAAAAACACAGCUAGAAGUAAUAUAUUGAAAGUUGGUGCAGUAAAAAAUAAUGAAUCUAACUCAAAACCUCAGGAAAAGCUAGCAGCUGAAACAAAGUCAAAUUCUGACAAUUCAUCAACUGCUCAAGUUGCUAACAGUGGCCAAACUGUCAAUGGAAAUAAACCCAAUUCAAAUAAUUCUGGAAAUGUUUCUGUUUCUAAGGUUGGCACAAAUAAUGCCAGUGCUAAGGCUGUUGGUCCAAAAUUAGGAAAACCAGCAUCUACAACAUCUACUGCACAGAAUAAUGCAACAAGUUCAAACCAGUCUGUUCCAAACUCAGCAAGGACCCAGAAUUCACAGAAAACCACCUCAGCUGGUAAACCGCUGCGUGGAAACUCUGGUGCAACAAUUCUAGCAAGAGCACCAGCCACUUCUGCCAGGAGUGAAUCAAAUGUCCCAGGAAAUAAACCUCCACAACUCAAAGAGAAAGACGCUAAUGCUCAGAAACCAAACCAGGGAAGUUCAAAUCAAACUCAGAAAAUUAAUGUGAAGUCAACAUCUGCAGCAGAUGUAGGAGAAGCAAAGGAAAAUGUUCCUAGUUCUGGAAACAUGGCUAAAUCAGAAAGUGACCCUCCAAAGGAAGAAUCUCAGAAAGUAGAAGAACCUCCAGCUUUUCCGUAUAAACCAGCUAGUGCUGGGAAGCCACCACUGGUUGAAAUAGUCACCUCUGUUACUCCACGCAGGGCCAAACCUGAACCUAUUGUAGCUGGCCCCAUGCAAACACCAGUCAUAGAGGAUCCCUUUGCAGACAUGUAUGCAGACAAUUCGGUGAAAGCUCCAGAAAAGAAACAGAGUGGAAAAGGAGUUACUGCAACAGCAUUUGGAUACAUGGUUUCAAAACCAGGUGUAGAAAGAUCCAAAACUAAUGUUUCCCUCAAGAGUAAUAAAGGCAAGAAAAAAGAUGCCAAGCCUUCUUCUGCCAAUCCUAAGCUAAGUAGGAGAAGAGGAGGAGCUAAAAGCAAAGAUAAAAGAAAUACAGAAGACGCAGUUGCUCGGCCAAAAAGUGGGAAGAGAAUGAAAUCGGGGAAGAGAAGGAAGAAGAUACCUGUGGACACUCUGCUAGGAAAGCAAGCUUCACAGUCAGAUAUUGCACUUAUUUCAGGGAUAGGGUGGCAUGUGGCUGCCAGUUGCAUUGACAAGUCUGAUGUGGUAGCUGUGAAGUUCACAGACUCUCAGUCAUCAGCUUCUUCAGAAAGUGAUCAUGAAGACAUGGAGGAAGAGAAUUUUGAUCCCAUUUUCAAUCGUCAGGAAAGCUUGAUCUUUGAUAACCUUGAAUUGAUCAAAUCAGGAAAUUUUAACUUGGAUGAGGACACUCCAAGAUUUGUGCAGGAGCAUUCAAAGCCAAAGCACUUAAAAAAUUCUUUAAGUGUAGAUGUGUAUCAGCAGAUAGACAAUUCACCUGGUACCCCUUCACCUCGGUUCAAACAAAUCAAACCAGACUUUGAGUCAAAGAUGAACUUACCUAGAGUAGACAAUGAUGGAUAUAGACCAAUGAAUCUAGAUUUAACCCAAACAUCUUUACCAGUUCAAACUCAUCAAAAUGGUGAAACUGACUUGCAUUCUGUGCCUUCCAACUUCAACAUGUUUUACAAUAUGGAGCAGAUGAAUGCUGCUCAGCAAGAACUAGAUGACAUUCUGUAUUCUAAUCCUGCUGUGGAUGUAGCUAAUGAGGAGCUUAACAGACAAAUAUUAAUUGACAAACUGACUCCUAUCCCAGAAUCCCCAUCCUUAAGUGCAAGAACACCAAUUCAUAAAACAUUGAACGCUUUAAAGGAAUUUGAUGAAAAAGUGAAAGAAGACACUUUGAAUGAUCUUCUUGGAUUAAACGGGCAAACACCUAGAAUGACAAGUGAAGUGGAGUAUGCUCCAAGUCAAUUAAAACGUGGAAAAUUUGAAACAGAAAUUCAGGAAUUGCAAAACAGAAAUUCUUCAAAUUCAGGCAAAAGCAAAACAUCAGAAAGAGCAAACUCAUCAAGUCAGAAGUCGUCUGCUGGUAGCAAUUCUAAGAUAUCAGGAUCCUCAGCAGGAAAGAAGAGUUUGCAGACGUCAGCUGGGAGUCGGGGAAAAGGCCCAGAACCUGUGGUCAGGAAGUCCCAGAGUUUACAGUCAUCUGCUGGUAGCAAAACUUCAAGGACACCAGCUACCCCUGUGGCCAAGAGAAACAACUUAUCAAAAUCUCUGAAUGAGAACACCAGGAGCGAAAUUGAAAUCUCAAUUGAAAAUCUCAAGUCAGCCAUUCAGCAGAAUAAACUAAAAAAUGAUGAGAAGAAAAGUAAAAAUGGUAUGGAACAGUUGAAUGUUCCUCUUCCUGCUGAGAACAUACCUCUAUUAGAUUUGAAAAAUAUACAUCCAGCAGAAGAUGAUAAUUUAGCCUCAGGUGUGAGGUCCAGUCAAAGGAAGAAGAGAGAAUCUGGUGGAAGAUCGACCAGAAGGGAACGGAAAUUUUCAGAGACCAAAAGUGAGGAAAGAGAAGAUACUAAUCUAGAUGAAGUUGUGGAGGAGAUUCUGAGCAAUACCAUGUCCUCGGUGAGGUCCAAUAGGACGCUGACGAAUACCAGCAGAAACAGCACACUGACUGAGGUGGACAGGGAUCUACUGAAGAAGAUGAUGCAGAAUGAGUCUCCAUUCCACGCCAAACUUUCUGCCUCUGUCUGUGAUCCUCAGAGGAAUAACCAAGAGGAAGAUAUUGAGGACAUCACCUCACAGCAACCUUAUCUUAAAGUCACUGAUGACCUGCAGACUGUACAGAAACAGAAGGUGGAUAAUGAAGCUAUAGCAAAGAUCAUGAACAGUUUCAAACACAUGGAACUGUUUGCUGGAAAAGGUGGAAGUCUGAGGGCAUUGAAAGGUAGCAGAGAGCACUUACACAGACCUCACAUGAGUGUUGGAGAACCGUCUUCUGCUGGAGUCAAUCAUAAGCCACCAUUGUCAGUUCCAAAGGGAAAGUCUGCAGGAAAGUUUACAGAGAUUAGAGGAUCUAAACAAGAUGGUGGGUCAAUGAAGAACAACAGUGUGAAGGAAACUCCCUUUAGGUUCUCUAACUUACCUCCACAGGAAGGGGCAGGAUUUGGUGAUGAUGAUGACAGCUUGGAUCUGACCAGUAAGACAAUGACUAGUGACACAUCUAGCUUGACUGUGGACUCAGACAGCAGAGCAGGAAGUGCCUGUACCUCGAUCAGUAAUCAGUCAAAUGUAGACGACAUGAUACAGUGGAAGAAAGGGAAUGUCCUGGGGAAAGGAGCGUUUGGAACUGUAUGGUGUGGAUUGACCAGUGAGGGACAACUGAUUGCUGUGAAGCAGAUUGAACUGAACACAGUGGACAAAGACAAGGCCAAGAGGGAGUACGAAAAAGUCCAGGAGGAAGUGGAGCUCCUCAAGCUCCUCAACCACAGGAAUAUUGUAGGAUACCUUGGCACCAGUUUGGAGGAGGAGGAGAGCGUGGUCAGUAUAUUUAUGCAGUUUGUACCAGGGGGCUCUAUUGCCAGUAUCCUGGCCAGGUUUGGGGCUCUUGAUGAAGCUGUGUUCAGGCGGUAUACUAAGCAGAUCCUGGAGGGAGUGUCUUACCUUCAUCAAAAUGAUGUCAUUCACAGAGACAUCAAGGGAGGAAAUGUCAUGCUAAUGCCAAAUGGAAUAAUAAAACUGAUUGACUUUGGAUGUGCCAAAAGACUGUGUAUAAACCUCAGCAUGGGUCAAUCUCAGAUCCUCAAAUCCAUGAAGGGGACGCCAUAUUGGAUGGCCCCGGAAGUGGUCAACGAAACUGGACAUGGUAAAAAAUCAGACAUCUGGAGCGUGGGCUGCACCAUUUUUGAAAUGGCCACCAGGAAACCCCCAUGGGCAGACAUGAAUCCCAUGGCAGCCAUUUUUGCCAUUGGCAGUGACAGGAAGUCCCCACCAAGGUUACCAGAGAAAUUUACACCGGAGGCCAUGGAGUUUGUUGAUUUUUGUUUGACUAGAGACCAAAGCAAAAGACCCUCUGCUGCACAACUUCUGCUACAUUCCUUCAUCACAAAGAGGAAAAAUUCUAAAGGAGAAAAGAAAUGAUUGUGUAUUGGAGACUCUUGAUUUGUUCACAAGACUGUGUUCUUCACUCUUGCAUUUCAUGAACAUCAU